GCAGUAUAUAAGGAGAGGGACCCCGCAGACUGGCUAUUCUUUUGCUGUUGUCGGAGAGAGAGGAUGAAGCUCCUGAUUGCAAGCGCAGUGUUUCUGCUGGGACUCAGCCUGGCAUGGGCUGAUACUCAGGAUAUCAGUGAGUGCUCACUCAACCUCAUCACUCACUGUCUCUUAUUAUAUAUUAUUCUCAUCACUGACUGUCUCUUAUUAUAUAUUAUUCUCAUCACUGACUGUCUCUGAAUAAUAUUCUAAUCACUGACUGUCUCUUAUUAUAUAAUAUUCUAAUCACUGACUGUCUCUUAUUAUAUUAUUCUAAUCACUGACUGUCUCUUAUUAUAUAAUAUUCUAAUCACUCACUGUCUAUUAUUAUAUUAUUCUAAUCACUGACUGUCUUAUUGUAUAUUAUUCCAAUCACUGACUGUCUCUUAUUAUAUAAUAUUCUAAUCACUCACUGUCUCUUAUUAUAUAAUAUUCUAAUCACUCACUGUCUCUUAUUAUAUUAUUCUAAUCACUCACUGUCUCUUAUUAUAUAAUAUUCUAAUCACUCACUGUCUCUUAUUAUAUUAUUCUAAUCACUGACUGUCUCUUAUUAUACAUUAUUCCCAUCACUGACUGUCUCUUAUUAUAUAAUAUUCUAAUAACUGACUGUCUCUUAUUAUAUAUUAUUCUAAUCACUGACUGUCUCUUAUUAUACAAUAUUCUAAUCACUGACUGUCUCUUAUUAUAUUAUUCUAAUCACUGACUGUCUCUUAUUAUACAUUAUUCCCAUCACUGACUGUCUCUUAUUAUAUAAUAUUCUAAUAACUGACUGUCUCUUAUUAUAUAUUAUUCUAAUCACUGACUGUCUCUUAUUAUACAAUAUUCUAAUCACUGACUGUCUCUUAUUAUAUUAUUCUAAUCACUGACUGUCUCUUAUUAUACAUUAUUCCCAUCACUGACUGUCUCUUAUUAUAUAAUAUUCUAAUAACUGACUGUCUCUUAUUAUAUAUUAUUCUAAUCACUGACUGUCUCUUAUUAUACAUUAUUCUAAUCACUCACUGUCUCUUAUUAUAUAUUAUUCUAAUCACUCACUGUCUCUUAUUAUACAUUAUUCUAAUCACUGACUGUCUCUUAUUAUAUAUUGCCAUCACUGACUGUCUCUUAUUAUACAUUAUUCUAAUCACUGACUGUCUCUUAUUAUUCUCCUGUCUGUCUCACUCACCUUCCAUCUCAUACUCAACUUAAUGAUACUCACUCACUGACACUCACCCUCCAUCUCAUACUCCAAUAACUGACACUCUCCCUCUAUCUCAUACUCAGCUCUCAGCUACUCACUCACUUACCUUAACAUUAUUAUUAUUAUUGCGAUUUAUAUAGCGCCAACAGAUUCCGUAGCGCUUUACAAUAUUAUUAGAGGGGGGAUUUGACUAUAAAUAGGACAAUUACAAGAAAACUCACAGAAACGAAGGGUUGAAGAGAGCCCUGCUCAAACAAGCUUACAGUCUAUAGUUUAUAUCACUCACACUAACUGUUGUCACUCAUCAGCUUACUGCCUGUCUCAUAGUCUGUCCUACUCACACUCACUCUAGCCGUCUGUCCUACUCACACUCACUCUAGCCGUCUGUCUUACACUCAGUCACCUUUACAUUCAGACUCACUCAAACUGUACUCCCACUCAGCUCCCCUGCCAUCCUUUUGGUUUCCAUGGUGAUUGCUCCACCAGUAGCACUUUCAGAACCCUCACUGUCUCUAACAGUCUGUAUGUAUGACUGUCUCAUUGUGACUGUGGCUGUCUCAUUGUGACUGUCUCUUUCUAUUAAUCUGCGUCACCUUGUGUCUCAUUCUGCUUUCACUUUCAUUUCCCCUUCCCUCUCAUUUCUUUCUUGUCGUUUCUAAGUGGAUUUUGUAUCAGUUUGUAUCUCAUCCUAUAGCCUUGAUUACUAAGGGUAAUAUUAAUGGGGAUUAUUUCCCUGUCUGAUUGGUGUAUUUUUUUAAAUAGACGCUAUUUCGCUGUGCAAUUAAAGCUAAAAUGUUAUACAAUUUCUACAAUUCAGCUUUGUUUAAUAUUUUUAGAUUUUUAUUUUUUGUCCCAAGGCAUCAUUAUAGGGACCUAUCACCGAAAUAUUUCAAAGACAAACUGGAAAAUAGGCGCUAUUAAUAAACAGUUUAAUUUUCAGUGUUUCUGACCCCCACCCUCUUCCUGGAAAUACACAGUUCCGUGUAAUGCAUUUGCGAGAGAUUCCCUCGCUCUAUCCCUCCAGGAGAUAUCCUGAUCUCUUGUUAAUCCAUUGCUUCUCUCAGAGUAGUGCCAGGGUAUUGCUAUGGUGCCCUGCAGUUCUUGUAGAGAAGCAUUUACACAAGAUUCUAAUUUCUCUCUGUGAGCGGAGUGUAGUGGUUCUGGUGUCUAUAGCGUCCCCCUGCAAUGUUAGCACUGUAAUCAAUGCCCUUUAGUGGCAGUCACUCAGAUGGCCACUACAGGUGCUUCCUGGGUCAGUGCUGAACACUACACAGCACCUAUGUUCAGUGUCUCCACACACUACAUGGUGACGCUAAAUGUUCCCCAUAGAGAUGCAUUGACUCCUGACUCAUGAGCCAUUGACUCGUGCAUGCACAGUACCCUCCUAAAUCUUUCCUAAAUUAGUCUUUAUACACACAGAAACAUUGUGGGAUAAAUCUUAAAGGGACACUAGUCACCAAAACAACUUUGGUGUAAAGAUCAUGCCUCUGAAGUUUCACUGCCAUCUAGGAGUUAAAUUACUAGCCACACCUCCCCUGGCUGUGACUGACACAGCCUGCAUGGAAAUAAAAUGCUUUAGUUUUCAAUCAGAUGUAACUUACUUUAAAAGUUUAUAUCUCCUGCUCUGUAAAUUGAACUCUAAUCACACACAAGGGGCUCAUGUAGGGUCCACCAAGCUAGUAACAGAACAGGAGAUAAAAAAAUUCUAAAUUAAACAGAUUGUACAAUAAAUUAAGUGUAAACCUUAAAUGACUCGUUGCAGGAAGUGUUUAUGAAGACUGCUAAAGUCACAUGCUGGGAGGUGUGCCUAGGGAUUCAUAUACAAAGUGAUUUAAAGGAACACUAUAGUCACCUAAAUUACUUUAGCUAAAUAAAGCAGUUUUAGUGUAUAGAUCAUUCCCCUGCUCAAUUCACUGUCAUUUAGGAGUUAAAUCACUGUGUUUCUGUUUAUGCAGCCCUAGCCACACCUCCUCUGGCUAUGAUUGACAGAGCCUGCAUGAAAAAAAAAAAAACUGGUUUCACUUUCAAACAGAUGUAAUUUACCUUAAAUAAUUGUAUCUCAAUCUCUAAAUUGAACUUUAAUCACAUACAGGAGGCUCUUGCAGGGUCUAGCAAGCUAUUAACAUAGCAGGGGAUAAGAAAAUCUUAAUUAAACAGAACUUGCAAUAAAGAAAGCCUAAAUAGGGCUCUCUUUACAGGAAGUGUUUAUGGAAGGCUGUGCAAGUCACAUGCAGGGAGGUGUGACUAGGGUUCAUAAACAAAGGGAUUUAACUCCUAAAUGGCAGAGAAUUGGGCAGUGAGACUACAGGGGCACAAUCUAUACACUAAAACUGCUUCAUUAAGCUAAAAUUGUUUUUCCCUUUAAAUCCAUUAAUUCAUGUAAUUACCCCAACCGUCUCUUUUAGUUUUUUGCUUUGUUUUUUUCCCCCCAGAGUUUUCUGUGUACAGAUUCCAGAGGAUUUCUCAGUAUCUAUAAUCUGACUGAUUACACCACUGUGGAGAGAUUUAUCAAGCAUAAGCUGGUGCUAUAUUGGGUGCAAAGUGAGACAUCCUGUUGAUUUCCAUGACAUUAUUGCACAGUCGUUAUUCGGCAUGUGCCAACCAUAACUUUAAUAACACGCAGACACCAAAAGUUCUGUUGGAGUAUAAAGUCCACAGCUUUAUUAAUUAAUAUCAAUAUAUAAAUUAACAAUUUAGGGUCAUUGUCAACAGUACUCCUUUUCGUUACGCUCUCUCCUGUAUCAUACCCCCGACAAUGACCCUACCAAAACAAACAUUAGCAUAACCAAUAAUACAUACACGUAACUCAACGGCCUACCAAGAGGCCCCACCUCCAUUUGUCUAACUGCAGGGGUGUACCCAGACACCCCUACACCCCUUGGUUCGUAGCCACCGACGGGCUCGAACCUACCUCCAUACUUUUAACUUCCGGCCUACUCCAGCCUAGACCUUGGCCUACCAAUUUCUUAAUCCACCAAACUUCCAGUUUAACCAAGACCUUUUCCCGCCGCUGUGACCAAACGGGAACUACUACCAACUCAUAGGGUGGGUGGGAGGGACAAUUUACAGGUAAGAAAGGCUCAAGUUAGAAUGAACUUACCCUAAAAUGGCCGCUAUUUAACUUCCCCUCUAACCCACGCCCCCCAGCACAAUCACAGGACAGCCCCCUGACCUGAACUUCACCUGCCUACUCCUGGCUCUGUCAAGGCCCACUCCUCCCUGCAUUGCUCCGUGGUUUCAUGAAGAUGGUUCAUUGUUUAGCAUAUUCUCCAAUACAUCACCAAUUUUUGCCUUGAUAAAGCUCUUUAAAGGGAUACUAUAGUCACCCAGACCACUUCAGCUCAAUUAAGUGGUCUGGGUGCAAUGUACAUCAGGUUUUAAAGCUUCACAUGUAAAUAUAGCAGUUUCAGAGAAGCUAGAGGCGCUUCUGCGACGCUGGAUGCGAAAAUCGCAUCCAGCGUGCAGAACGUCCAUAGGAGAGCAUUCAGAAAUGCUUUCCUAUGAACCAUUUGAAUGCGCCCGCGGCUCUUGCCACGCAUGCGCAUUCGACUCCACUCGGGAACUGACGUCGGCGGGGGAGGAGAGGUCAUCGGAGCUUGAUUAAGGUAAGUGGCUGAAAGGGGUUUUAACCGCUUCAGCCCAGCUGGAGGGGGACCCUGAUGGUGGGGGGACCUAAGGUUUAUAUAUUGUCAGGGUUUGUUUUCCUGACGCUAUAGUGAUCCUUCAAUAAAUUGUUUAAUUCAUAAGAAAACGGUUUCUCUUGAAAUCGCCUCUUUUUUAUGAAGUAACGAAGAGGGGACACUUAACUUUUAAAGGGCUUCAACAAGCUGUGGUUUGGAAUAUCCCUUUAACAAGAUAAUUGCACAAUUAGACAUAAAAUGCUGCUUAGGAAUAAAAGACAGUUUUUACAAUGUUUAAUGAUUUGGAUUCAAAUUUGCAAUUCCUAUUUUAGCGAUUAUUGCUACUGAACGUGUAUAGAUGUAUUUACCGUUUUAAAAUAAUGAUAAAGUGAAAAAGAGAGCGCACUAAAAAAGAAUUUUAAAUACACCUAUUUAGAGUGGUACUACAGGUACCUCUAGAUUGUAGCUGCUAAACAAAAAAGAAUUUCCCAAAUCCUAUAUACAAAUUUUUAAAUUGUGUUGUCAGUGCUUAGGAGAUAAUCCCCUUAAAUUUUACCAGGGAUGUGCACAUUCACAAAUGUAUCCACAACAACUGUAUCAAACAAAAUAAAACACAGUAUAAAAGCUUCAGCGUUUCUAACUGUAACAAUAACAUUUUUGUAUAAAACAAAGAUACUCUAAAGUCCAAUAAAUGUAAUUAAUUGCAGGGUCCAAGAUAUAGGGAAGUCUAUAAUAUUAUUGAAGACACACUCUUGUGCUUGAAUUCCCUUAAAGAAAGACAGAAAAUAUAUAUAGUGUUUUUUUAUAUUACAUUUUAUUAUGUUUUGCCUUAAAAUUUAAAAGGAUUAUGAAUUCCAAACAAUUCUUACUUUUAUUUAAAAACACUGCCUGCAAGAAUUGAUAACUGCAAUGGAUUGAAAAUUUAACGGACACAUUCAGGCUAAACUAGCUGACUUGGAAAAAUUCAACAGCUUCACAAUAAUCAGUGCGGCUAUUUUAACCUGAAUUACUCAGUUCAGAUUUCAAUUAACUAAGCUUGGUAUUUUAGUGUAAAACUGAACGAUACAGUUGCAAGAAAAAGUAUGUGAACCCUUUGGAAUGAUAUGGAUUUCUGUACAAAUUGGUCAUAAAAUGUGAUCUGAUCAUCAUCUAAGUCACAACAAUAGACAAUCAGUCUGCUUAAACUAAUAGCACACAAAGAAUGAAAUGUUGCCAUGUUUAUUGAACAUUGAAUGGGUAAAGCAGUGACUGAGUGACAGGCAACAGAGGGUUGUAGUUAAUGGAAUAUAUUCGAAGCUUGGGCUUGUCACCAGUGGGGUACCUCAGGGAUCUGUACUUGGACCCAUUCUCUUUAAUAUUUUUAUUAGUGAUAUUGCAGAAGGUCUUGAUGGUAAGGUAUGUCUUUUUGCUGAUGGUACUAAGAUAUGUAACAGGGUUGAUGUUCCAGGAGGGAUAAGCCAAAUGGCAAAUGAUUUAGGUAAACUAGAAAAAUGGUCAGAAUUGUGGCAACUGACAUUUAAUGUGGAUAAGUGCAAGAUAAUGCAUCUUGGACAUAAAAACCCAAAGGGCAGAGUACAGAAUAUUUGAUAGUCCUAACCUCAACAUAUGAGGAAAGGGAUUUAGGGGUGAUUAUUUCUCAUGACUUAAAGGUAGGCAGACAAUGUAAUAGAGCAGCAGGAAAUGCUAGCAGAAUGCUUGGUUGUAUAGGGAGAGGUAUUAGCAGUAGAAAGAGGGAAGUGCUCAUGCCAUUGUACAGAACACUGGUGAGACCUCACUUGGAGUAUUGUACACAGUACUGGAGACCGUAUCUUCAGAAGGAUAUUGAUACCUUAGAGAGGGUUCAGAGAAGGGCUACUAAACUGGUUCAUGGAUUGCGGGAUAAAAUUUACCAGGAAAGGUUAAAGGAUCUUAACAUGUAUAGCUUGGAGGAAAGACGAGACGGGGGGAUAUGAUAGAAACAUUUAAAUAUAUAAAGGGAAUCAACACAGUAAAGGAGGAGACUAUAUUUAAAAGAAGAGAAACUACCACAACAAGAGGACAUAGUCUUAAAUUAGAGGGACAAAGGUUUAAAAAUAAUAUCAGGAAGUAUUACUUUACUGAGAGGGUAGUGGAUGCAUGGAAUAGCCUUCCAGCUGAAGUGGUAGAGGUAAACACAGUAAAGGAGUUUAAGCAUGCGUGGGAUAGGCAUAAGGCUAUCCUAACUAUAAGAUAAGGCUAGGGACUAAUGAAAGUAUUUAGAAAAUUGGGCAGACUAGAUGGGCCGAAUGGUUCUUAUCUGCCGUCACAUUUUAUGUUUCUAUAUUUCCAACAUUCACUAUGACCAUUUACUGCAAUUUGUUAUAAAUCUAAUUCAUGCGGACCUAGUCAUCCCAUAUCGCUUUUUAUUUGCGGUCAGACAUUUAGAUUGUGAGCUCUUGGGGAUAGAAAUGUAGUUGGAGUCUCAGCACAUUCUAGUUCAAUGUCAUUCCCAGAAACUACUCAUUUUAUAUUUUAUGAUGUGCUAUUGUGUGUACAUAUCUUCUACAUAUAUCCAGUAAAUCUUGGUUGCUGUUUUUUUUUCAUCUUUUUAUUGUACACUUAGUGAUGAGUCACAGCAAAUUUUGUGCUAAUUAUUUUUAAAAUCCCAGAAUUUCUCUUGUGGCUAUCUGUAAGGAAAGAAUUGAUAGAAGGCUACGGAUUGGCAAGUUGGCAAGGCAUGCUUUGAAAAUGGCUCCUGUCUUGUCCGCCAGAGCUGUAGUUUGUUAUUGGUUCUAAUGUUGUGACAUCAUAGAUGAUGUAACCCUUGUUUUCUCUCUCUCUCUCUCUCUCUCUAUUGCCCUGCGCAUUGCUAGGAGACCCGAAGGUGCGCGUUUACUUAGAAAAACCAGUGGAAUUUGGCGUGAAAAACAAGAUGCUCUGUUACGCCUAUGACUUCCAUCCUCCACUAAUUAAAAUCGGCAUGUAUUUAAAUAAGGAAGAGGUCCCCAAUGCACAUCAGAAUGACAUGAAAUUCAAUCAGGAUUGGUCCUACGAAAUGCUGAAAUAUGUGGAGAUCACCCCAAACCAGGGAGACAAGGCUACAUGCACCGUUAGCCACAAUGGACAAGAGCCAAAGACCUACGAGCUGAAUUGGAGUAAGAACUUGCCAUUAGCACAAUGUCACUGUUAUGUCAGCACAGCUUUGGGAGAUCUGUCGGUUUAGGGUGUGGGAAUUAGGUCUAAACUAGGCACUCAGUCAUUUUUUCCCACCCCCCCUCCCCCCUUGUUACAUGAAACCUGCUCUUCAGGGAGCUUGUGGUUUAUACACUAAACACUGCAAAACUCACUUUACUGAACAAAUCCCCAUGUUGUGAGGAUUAAAAAUUACUUUUUUUUCAAAUGGGGAUAUUACACGACAAAACUUUGUUCUUAAAUUAUUAAUUUAUUUAAAAGGCCUGUGGCUUAUAAUUUGCAAUUCCUAUUUUAUUGAUUAUUGCGGAUAAUGAACAUGUGUAGAUGCAUUUACCCGUAUGUAUUACAGUAAAGUGAACUUAAAUCGUGUGCAGUUUAAAGACCCCCCUCUCAUUCUAGAUUGUUACAAAGGGAGUUUGUUACUUGGCCCAGCAGGGGGUAUGUAACUGGGUGGGAAACCUGAGUAUAAUGACUCCCUUUUAUUUUUCAGUGUAAUACAUUUUUCCAAAGCUUGGUGACUGGCAUCCGAUACUCAUUCUCCGAAAGAAACUAUCCUGCCCUCACCCCCAUCAGCGAUGAAUGUGACCACACUGACCAAAUAGCCGACUGUCAGCCAUGAAGUUGUCUGAUCUCCAUCUCUUCUGAUACCUGAAUGACAUGCGACCAGCCCAAGACUUUAUCUCGACAAAAUGCUUUUUGUGUGUUGACAUCUUCCUGCUGAUUGUUGUCUAUAAUCUUAUAUACUGAGCAUAUCAGCCACAGAUUAAAAGAUAUAGCUACCUAAAGGAUGAGCACACCUGUUUAGAUGUCUACAAUACAGAGGUCGGGGAAAAUUUAACAUAAAUUCUACGUUUGACCAAUAGUCACGUAUAUAGAAAUAAAGAUUAAGGCUGCAGUGGCUAUCACAGUGUAAACAUCAAUUCGCACUCCACAGCCCAAAAACACUUCCGCCUACUGAAAUGCUUUAUGGGUGAGGAGUAUCUUCGUUUAACCCCAAUUUAGAAAAGUGCCCAUUUCAAUAAGAAAACAGCACUCUUAUCAAGUAACUAUGGGACACUCCCAUGGCAUCCAAACAGCCAGGUAGGGUUGCAGUCUCCUAUUGUUGGCUCUCCUGAUAUAAAGGAAAUGGCAGGCACGAGAUUGCACAUUUACACCAAUUGGUUAUUUUACUGUAAAGAGAUCUGAAAGUCUCUGAUGGUUAAACUUGGCGUUAGAUAUUCCUGAAAAUCUUUUCAGCAUAUCCUAACCCAAUCCAAAAUUAACAAGCACUUUUUUUAAUAAACCCAUCCCAACCUUAAUGUUUCGCAAUAGUUCUUGAAAAGCAGAACUCACAUUAGACCGAGCGAUUAUUUUUUUCCAUUUCAUUCUAAUUUGUGUAUUCUAAUUAACUUUAUAUUUGUGUGAGUAUUUGGUGCAACCAAGCAUGUUAGUUUUACUAGGCGCCCAGUAAGCCCUUCUGCACUGGCUAUUGCUUAAUGAUUUGAUCUGUCUUAAAUUGCCUACUUUUAUUUUGGGCAACAUAGUAUCACAUUAUGAUAAAGAUUUCUGAAAUAUUACAAAUGCAAAUAUCAAGAAUUUACAUACACUGCUUGCUCCUUACUUUAUAGAACCACUAAACUUUAAAUAAAAUACGCUGUUAAUCAUCUGAUUGGUUAAAUUCAUUGGGAUUCAUUGAGUGUGUUUAAGAUUAAAUUUUCUAUUCAAAAAUUAAAGUCCAUUUUGCAUACUUUAUUUGUAAAUGUUGGGGAUAUUUUUGUCGUGUUUUUUUUUCUUUUUUUUUUUUUCUUUUGUAUUGAUUUAAAAUAAAUUAAUAAAACACAG